AUGGCGGAUUUGCUCACAUCUUAUUUCCAUAUUGGGGGGAAUUCAAUCGUCCCCGGCCCAGUCCAGGCUUCUGAAUAUGUGACUGGAUCGAGCAACGUUUUCCCAAAGUAUGCGGAUGCCAUCACAGAGACAGCCUGGGAGCUGUGGCACUUUGACGGAGUCUCUGAGGACGGUCGAGCCGCAGUCGUUGUAUCAAUCACUAGGAACGCGGAGGGCCGUAACAAAGGCGGGUUCAAAGUCCAGGUCAUUGCAAAGUGGCCAGACAACAGUACCUGGCAUCGAGACCUGUACUUCCCAGAGUCCGUUGUAACGGCGGCUGGCGGUGAGGAUGGAAACAUCCUAGGUGUCUGGAAAGACUCGUCGAGUAACGGCAGCAUAUCUUUCAAUGUCUCUGCCGGCGCUCUACAGGCCGAGUUGUCCUUCGACGUUCCGGACAUCGUAAAUGGCCGUAUGAACCUAACCACCUUGGCCGGAGAUCAGGGCCUCGAUACCUGUCCACGCCUGGGGCCCGCGGUACAUUACGUGCGGCCCAUUGGAAGAGCAUCAGCAACGGCGGAUAUGACGUUCAGCGAUGCAGAAGACAAAAGUCCUCGACGACUGCUGCUCGGGCUGGACGGUGUGAAAGCCCACGGUGGGAUGGACCAUGUCUGGUCGCAUUCAGCGUGGCCGCAGGUCAUGUCGGAGUCGUACUACCUGCGCGCCCAGGUCGGCCCGUACGCGAUGCAGGUGAUGCGCAUAUUCUCGACCGUCCAGAGCGGCAAGACGCCAUACACCACGGCAAGGCUCUAUCGUGACGGGGGACUGGUCUGCGCAGCUCAGAACAUUGUCGCUGCCGACGAGAGCGAGAUCACGGAGGAUUCGCUUGCUAUCAACAAGGUGGAUGGUCCCAACAGCGAUCCAAAGGCCUCGGGGGUGGCGGGUGCGUUUCGCGACAAAAACAACGGCUACAUCGUGGAGUUUGCCAAAGCAAACACUGAUGGGCGGCGGUGGAAGUUCCAGGUGCUCCAUGAGAGCGUCCUGUGGAAUAUACCGACCAGUGGCCCUGGGCCUGCGGCCACGGGAAAUACUGGAUUCAUUGAAUCGGUCUUGGGCGGUAUGGACAGGGAAUCGUACAGGGGCGUCGGGACCGGCGGCCAGUGUGAAUUGCAAUCACCGCUCGUUAGUUAA